AUGAGUAGCGGGCAAAGACCAGUACUCAAACCUGAAAUGGUUUUAGAGUAUAAUAGAGGGAAAAAAGGUAUCGAUGUGUCGGAUCAGUUGAGUAGCUAUAAUAGUCCUACAAGAAAAUCGAUAACUUGGUACAAAAAAAUUGCCGUAGACUUGCUGUCAAUUGCGGUGGUAAACUCGUGCCUUAUUUUCAAUGAACUGCAAAGGAACUCGGGACAAAAGAAGCUUGCCAUGUUAUCGGCACAUGAAAUAAUAAUAAAAAAUCUGCUACAGGUAAGAGACGAAAACCAAACAUAUGUUGGACGCCCGCAGUCGUUACCUGAAAACAAACACACCUUCGAGAAAAUGACCAAGGAACCAGGUCGUAAAACGAAUAAAAAACGAUGCAAAGGCUGCUACAAUAAGCUCAUUUCAGAGGGACAAUCUUCAAAACUUGCUGGUACAAAGGCUUCUAAAGUGAUAACGUGGUGCCCCGAGUGUAAAAUAGUACUCUGCCGUCCAUGUUAUAAUACAUUACAUUGA